AUGGCUGCUCCAAACAGAAAGGAGUCAGAUACUCCUGGCUGGCUACACCGACAGGGAACGACCCUGUUGGGCACAGUGGCUAGACAGGCGUGUAAGCAACCAAUCUACACCUUGGUCAUUACCGCUCUACUAGCGACCAUGACCUACACGAGUCUGCUGGAAGGGAGUAUACACAAUGUCAAUAUUACGCCGCCUUCAGAGAGUCACUUCAGCCAGCUUGAUGCUACAGACUUUCUUCAGGGAAGCCGUAGUCUUCGUCUCGGAGAGGCAACCGCCUGGCGAUGGGAGACAGAGGAUGAGUCGAUGGGCGACCAGGAGGUUGCAUCUCACUUGGCUUUGAUUACGCUCGUGUUUCCCACCUUUGAAAACAACCCAGAAAUUUCUGUUGUCCAGGAGAGUGUUAUUUCAGACUUGACCGCUGCACAACCCGUCUCUCGAACGCCUAGUGUUUUAUCCUCCGUCUUGAGCGAAACUUCAAUCGCUCUCUCUGUGCCAUAUAACUACCUGGACGAGGUUCUGCGCAAAGCUAAAAGCUUCUCGAAGUCGCAGGGUGAUCAUUGGACUAUGAAAAACGUCGGAAAAGGCAACUCUGGUCCGAAGCUCAGGCUCUGGCUGAUAGAUUCCUUGGCCUCCUUUGUCGAUUUGAUCAAGCAUGCGCAAACUGUCGAUAUCAUCAUCAUGUUUUUGGCAUACCUGGCGAUGUACCUUACUUUCCUGUCACUCUUCAUGUCGAUGCGUCGACUCGGAUCCCGUCUCUGGUUGGCCUCUUCGGUGCUGCUCUCUGGUUUCUUCUCCUUGUUCUUCGGACUAAAGGUCACUGCUAGCUGCGGUGUACCUACCUCCAUGAUCCUUCUUUCAGAAUGCCUACCGAUUCUGGUAGUCAUUGUGGGGUUCGAGAAACCCAUCCGUUUAACGAGGGCCGUACUGCAUGCUGCGACCGAGUCCCACAUUCCUGCAAAACCGAUGGCGCGGCGGUCCAUACCCGAAGCCAUUGAGGUGGCCAUAAAGAGCGAGGGCUGGCAUAUCGUGCGUGACUACGCUAUUGAAAUUGCUAUCCUGACGGCAGGUGCAGCCUCGAGGGUACAAGGGGCUCUACCUCAGUUCUGCUUUCUUGCGGCGUGUAUCCUCCUCUUUGACAGCUUGCUCCUCUUUACCUUCUACGUCAGUGUGCUAUGUGUGAAACUGGAAGUGACGCGCAUCCGGGAGCAUGUCAAGCCGCGUAGGGCCGUGAAAGACGGUGGCAUGAGCACUGGUAACCAGGAUUUUGUCUCGCGUAUUUUUGGCUGCAAGGUUAAGGCUGCAAAUGUAUCUCGGUUUAAAUUCCUCAUGGUUGGCGGCUUCGUGCUGUUCAAUGUGCUUCAGCUGUCGUCCCUGUCUUACGGCAACGUCAGGAUUGUUGACUGGGUGCCGUACCUCCCGAGCAUUUCCAACAUCCUGAUGCCUACCCCAAUCAACGCUUUCCGAGUCGCAGGCAACGGUCUGGACGAUAUAUACGUUGUUGCCCGUGCGAGUAAUAUUGAAACGCGCGUUACAGUGUUGCCGCCGAUCAAAUACGCCCUGCAGUCGCAGGCUGAGCCUUGUGGGGAUGAUUUUGCUGGCCCGCUCUUCGAUACACUACGCGGCCGCACUCUUGGGGGCGUGCUGGCAUGGCUAGAAGACCCGGCCAUCAGCAAGUGGGUAAUUGCUGCGUUGUUCCUGAGUCUGGUACUGAACAGUUAUUUAAUGAAGGCAGCUCGCUGGAAUCUACGCGAGCAUGAGGUGGUCCCAGACAGCUCUUCUGCACCCGUGAGCCAGUCCCAAGACUCUUUCAAAGAGUCUGAAAAGACCAUGUCAGGGCCUAUGGAGCUGACAAACACGCGAAAACGCGAACAAGUAGACGCCAUGCUACAAGAAGGACGAGCAUCGCUAUUGGGGGAUGAGGAAAUAGUCGAGCUAUGCCUCCGCGGCAAGAUUCCUGGUUAUUCUCUGGAGAAGACGAUGGAACGCCAUCCCAUGAUGAGCCGACUGGAAGCCUUUACCCGAGCUGUCAAGAUCCGCCGCGCCGUGGUGUCUCGUACCCCGUCCACUCUCGAUGUGGCGAGUGGCCUACAGGAUUCAAAAGCUCCCAUUGAGAACUAUAACUAUACCCUGGUUCAUGGGGCCUGCUGUGAGAAUGUUAUUGGAUAUCUGCCACUGCCAGUGGGUGUGGCUGGACCCCUGGUAAUAGAUGGUCAGAACUAUUUCAUUCCAAUGGCAACUACUGAGGGAGUACUAGUAGCCAGCGCGAGUCGAGGCUGCAAAGCGAUUAAUGCUGGGGGCGGUGCUGUGACCGUCAUCAAUGCGGACGGCAUGACCCGGGGGCCUUGUCUAGCAUUCCUAUCCCUAUCCCGCGCAGCAGAAGCCAAGCAAUGGAUUGAUUCGGACGAAGGAAAAGAGAUCCUGACCACGGCAUUCAACUCUACCAGUCGAUUUGCCCGCCUGCAAGGCUUGAAAUCAGCGCAAGCAGGAACCUACCUCUAUGUGCGAUUCAAAUCGACAACCGGGGACGCAAUGGGGAUGAACAUGAUUUCGAAAGGAGUUGAAAAGGCCCUUGAAGUCAUGAAGGAGCACGGAUUUUCAGACAUGGCAACUAUUUCAGUGACAGGCAACUACUGCGUCGACAAGAAAUCAGCCGCGAUCAACUGGAUCGAUGGACGGGGCAAGUCAGUUGUCGCUGAGGCUUUGAUACCAGGGGAUGCGGUGUGCUCCGUGCUCAAGACAGACGUGGAUGCACUCGUUGAACUCAACACUGCUAAGAACCUGGUUGGCAGCGCCAUGGCUGGCUCUAUUGGCGGCUUCAAUGCCCACGCAUCAAACCUGGUCGCGGCGGUUUUUCUAGCUACAGGGCAAGACCCAGCACAGAAUGUCGAAAGCAGCAGCUGCAUCACUAUCAUGAAGAAUGUCAACAAUAACCUGCACAUUUCAGUAUCAAUGCCGUGCAUUGAAGUUGGAACAAUCGGCGGCGGGACUAUCCUUGAAGCGCAAGCCGCUAUGCUCGAUCUGCUGGGUGUUCGAGGCGCACACGCCGCCAACCCUGGAGAUAAUGCCCGGCAGCUGGCCCGCAUCGUCGCAGCCACCGUGCUGGCAGGCGAAUUGAGCACGUGUGCUGCUUUGGCGGCGGGCCAUUUAGUCAGUGCUCAUAUGGCACAUAAUCGCAGUAAACCGGCGGCGAAGACUGCAUGA